AUGAUUCGAAAUAAAACCGUGCCUUUUGUUCAGUAUUUUUCUCUCUCUCUCUCUCUCUCGCUCUCUCUCUCUCUCUCUCUCUCUCUCUCUCUCUCUGUUCAACAUACAAGAGAUAUGUUUUUGUCAUUUUUCUCUUUCUGUUCAACAUACAAGAGGGAUGUUUUUUGUCAUUUUUUCUCUUUCUGUUCAACAUCCGAGAGGGAUGUUUUUUGUCAUUUUUUCUCUCUCUGUUCAACAUACGAGAGGUAUGUUUUUUGUCAUUUUUUUCUCUCUCAGUUCUACAAGAGAGAUGUUUUUUGUCAUUUUUCUCUUUCUGUUCAACAUACAAGUGGGAUGUUUUUUGUCAUUUUUUCUCUCUCUGUUCAAUAUACGAGAGGGAUGUUUUUUGUCAUUUUUUUCUCUCUCAGUUCUACAAGAGAGAUGUUUUUAGUCACUUUUCUCUUUCUAUUCAAUAUACGAGAGGAAUUUUUUUGUCAUUUUUUCUCUUUCCGUUCAACAUACAAGAGGGAUGUUUUUUGUCAUUUUUUUCUCUCUCUGUUCAACAUACGAGAGGGAUGUUUUUUGUCAUUUUUCUCUCUCUGCUCAACAUAUGAGAAGGAGUUUUUGUCAAUAUUAUUACGAUUGUUCAAUGAAGUUCACUAA